AUGUUUACUUUGUCAAAGUAUGUGGAGGAAAUUGUUCUUUCAAACAAUAACGGGAAGUGUGUCACUGCCUUUUUGAUGAAGAAUAUAUUCUCCAGGUUUGGAUCACUUGGGGCUAUCAUUAGUGAUGGAGGUUCACACUUUUGUAAUAGUCUAUUCAAGACCUUUCUUGAGAUAUAUGGGGUAAAACAAAAAGUGGAAACACCUUACCAUUCUUAUAGAAGGGGGCAAGCUGAGGUCUCCAAUCAUAAGAUCAAGUCCAUUUUGGCAAAGACUGUGAAUGUCAAUAGGAUGGAAUGGGAUAAAAAGCUAGAUGAUGCAUUAUGGGCUUAUCAAAUAGCAUUUAAGACACCUAUUGGUGCUUUUCUAUAUCAGAUUGUGUUUGGUAAAAUAUGCCACUUGCCUAUCAAACUUAAGCACAAGCCAUUAUGGACAUUAAAGAGGUUGAAUCCAGAAUGGAGUGAUGUUGCUAAAUUGAGACAUGAGUAG